AUGCCUGGGUCUGUGUCGCGUGUCAACAUCUCGCUCAACACAGGUGACGGUCAGGAUCAGUAUUACGAUGAAGUCUGUGCUCUGUCCGCGCAGACCAUAAAUGACAACUUUGAGGUGCUCUUCAAGCAACGCCCUGAUGUCAAGAAGUUGGUCUUCAACGAUGGCGUUCAUGGCGUCUUGAAAGCUACACUUCUCGCCCCCAAGGUCAUGAUUGACCCUAACCAGGAGAAGGCCAAGGACCCCGAGAUAUACUUGCAAGUUGCCUUCGAGGAAGGGUCAAUUUGGUACAGCUCCAAGUCUGAAGUCAGCGUUAGCGGUUGGGUCAUUACAGUUUCGGCCAACCUCGGCCACAUGGUCGCAUCCGCCGCCCACGGCGACGAUGACAACACACAGUUCAAGAAGAAACGGGCGCUUGGCGAGCUGAAGAAGACGUUUGCGUUGAGCGAGGAACACUUCGUCUUGGACGACCCGACAAAGGUGGAGGCUGGAAAGUACUCUAUCCAUCGCCUCUUCGCGGCUCUCACCGAAAACUCGUGGAACGACCCGAUCGAACGAUUCUCUACGCUCCCGGGCCCGGAUGGGAAGCCCAUGCUUCUGUCGAAGUGGGCAGAGUCUCCAGAUACGCUCAGUAAAUACAUUAGAGUCAAAGAGACACUGAAGUACUGGGCUCUCGAGCAUCAGCAUUCCCCUUUCUUUACGUUGGGCCUCCAACUGCGCGUGCAUGAAGCAGAAGGCAAUGACCCGACACCGACCUUUGUUCCUUUUGCCGCCCGACUACAGGGCUAUCCAUACAUCAGUCAGAAGGCCUUCGAUAGAUACGAGCAGAAAGGCGAGCAGCCAACAGGGGAGGUAGAUGACCCCCAUAACUGCCUCGUCAUCUGCGAGACCGUCGGCAAGAGGACGCUCCCCAAGACCCAACUGUUGUCCUUCACUGGGAACCUCGGCGCGCCAGCGGACUCCCCGGGCGGCCGCCACCUGGCCGGUACCUUUGAACUCUGCAUGGGCUCCAUGAUUUUGCCCCUCCGUCCCUACCUUUACGUGGAGCAGCCGAGUGGCGCCGGCCGCUGCGAAGCUGUGUACAUUGUGGGAGCAGCGCCGACAGAUCCUGCAGUUGUCAAAACCCUCAAAGUGGCACCACCCCCGAUCGCAAACGACAGCUUCUACGCCCUCGAGCCGAAGGGUGAGCGGUGCUACCAAUGGAGCAAGAGGUUCGAUGCCCCAGGCAGUGAGACCGAGACAUACGCCUACAAAGGCUCGAAGAGGUUUCCCUUGUAUCGCCACUGGAAGACGUACUCGGAACAAGACGUCAAGGUGACGUGGAAUGCAGGCGACCACAAGUUCCGGGUUGCGGGGAACACCAUGUUCUUUCACUGGGAGGCCUACUCUUCCCGCAAAAGCUUCCCGUGGAGAAACAUGGACCCGGCUGAAGGUUACUGGGGAGUAUACACAACCGUGGCGUCGUGGAGCAUCGAGGUUGACCUCACGGUGCCAGCGGUCGCGGACUUGCGCACGGAUGGCCCAAAAGCCGCCAACGGUAUUGUGUGCCCCAAAAUUGUUGGGCUCAAUGAGUCGACGGGGCUUCCGAAGGACUUCAAAGUUGAGACCCGCGAUAUGAGAUACGACAUCAAGAUGAACUUCGAGAAGGCCGAAGCCAAGAUCAAGAGCGCGCUCUCGGACAGGAUGAAGCACCUCAUCGAGAGCAUCAAGGGGAAGUUUGACACAACGGGUCGUUUUGUUUACCCCGGGGCGAGUACUCUGUCGUUUGGUCCGCCACAGCUGGCUAACAAUGGUGACGUCUACGCCAACAUCGAUUUCUUACCACCAAAGGAGGGCCUGGUCAACGUCCGGGGCCCGGUGAACUUCCCGUACGGGGACCCUCUCUUCAAAGUCCCCGAUCCGGUUACGAUCCCGCCCAACCCCACGGUCGACACUGAGACCCACCCGCAUCUUGCGUGGCAAGCAGUUGUGCAGAGCUACCGGCCCGGGACGGGCCGGCUCCGAGUCAAGUUGGAGAUGGCCAACCCGGGCAGGGUUGCGACGGCAUUCCAAAUGGUCAAGGUCCAGAUCCUCCGUGUUCGGCACGAGGAAUCGGUCAAGCGGUUGUUUAAGGAGCCCGACAGCGAGUGGGAGGAGAAGAAGAAGCGGGACGACAAGGAGGGCGACAAGGAGGAUGACAAGGAGGGUGACAAGGAGGGUGACAAGGGGGGAGAACAUGGAGAGAGCGGCGGUAACGGGGGAGGAGAAGACACAGCAACCCUAACUGUGAACUUGAAGGAGGACGCCAAAGAUAGUACUCCUGCUCCAGGGGCAGACGCCGGGCAAGCAGGCAAAACAACCCCCGACAAGACAACCACAGACCCGCCACCAGUCGAGGAGUUCCACCCCACAUGGUCCAUCAGCACCAAGGACAUCGAUCAACCGCUCCAGCUCUCCGUGUCCAGAGAGGACAGUCUCGAUUUCACCAUCUUGCCCAACGUCGAGUUGCGGUCGGGGAGGCGGUCGAGGUUCAUCAUGGACACCGAGUCGACAUUCACGCUGGAGCUGGAGGGCACGGCGCCCGAGGCUGGCGCGUACGUCGUCCAGGUGCACGAACUGUGGGAGACCACGGAUCUCAAGGACGAGCUGGACAGCAGCCAGUGGGCCGACUCGUUCUCGAGCGUGAAGCUGAUCCGCAGCGGAGAUGGCACGGGUAGCGGUGUUGCCCAGCGGGUGACGUUUGCGCAGGCCGAGGAGAUCCAGGGGGUGAAGAAGGAGAAAUAA